AUGCAAUCAAGACGCCAGUUGCCUAGCAGUACUGGUUGGGAAGCGCAUGUCCACCCGGAGGGUACCCUGUAUUUCUAUCAUCCAGGAAAGAGGGUCUUCACCGAUACAAACGUUCAAGUGCAAGCAUUCCUCAACGACUUAAACGACUGUGCAGACGAUCUACUCGCUCUUGCUAGGAGCAGUGGUGUUGAUUUGACAAGUAGUAUAGAACUGACGCUGCAGCUCGGCGUGGAUCCAGAUACCAAAGAACGGGUUUGCAGCUAUUAUUUCACUGACCGUGCCGAGCGCACCCUCUUCUGGCUUCAUGAAUUAGGCACCGAAGAUCUUUUUGAUGGGGUCAGAGGGGUCAGGGAUCACAGCCAUAUCCGUUAUGUCAUCCAAUUUCAGUACUGGGUGCACUGCGAGCUCUAUCCUAACAACAGAGAGGCAGAAUCACAAAACGGACUUCUUAUGGAACUCAGAGAAAUCAUUGUGCAUGCUGGUGCAGAUGUCAUCACAUCUGAGAAGUCUUUGUCACCUUUCGGAGGGGAAGAGCUGUCAAAAAUACUGGAAUUGAUUAACCACCUCCAAGGUGCGCAGAUGCACACAAAUACGGCUAAGCUCCGAGUCACUCAGAUUACACGCCUACCAGAAACCACUUCAGAAGCAUGUAGCCCCCACUCCAUAUGUGUCAUUGCACGUUUUAUGCAAUACUUCGCCCGAGCCAAAUUUUUCAACUUCUGCGGUCAAUCUUGUGCACGUUUAGAAGCUGACCAGUCAAUAUAUCUCACGGAUGAUGAGCACAUAUUGAAGUCUGUAUUGUCCUGGAUCAUGGAGCUUCUGUGUUUCGGCGCUCCCCAUGCCCAGAUGACAGAACUGCAAAGAGUCUGGGUGGACAAAAGUACCAGUUCACCCCGAUGGAAAGAUUUCAACGACAAGCUCAGCAGGGAAUGGAUUUCUAUCACAAUAUAUUCAACGGUAAUGCUUACUGUGGACCUCAGUUUUCUCUCGGUGCCCAGCGUGAACGCCCAAACAUCGCACUCUGUUGCCAUCAUCACAGCUUAUCUGUCAACGUUCUGUGUAGUUGGAUCCUUAGUUGUGUCCAUUUCACUCGCCGGACAAAACCGCAAAUAUGGCAAUGUCUCUGCCAAUAACGCUGUCGUAUUUCUCACCAGAAUGACAAAUUCAAUAUUUGGUGACAAAGCGCUCGCUAUUUUACACAGUCUGCCGUACGCACUGCUUAUGUGGGGGAUGGUUUACUUCGUGAUCGGAUUUUCCUUCCUGGCGUUUCAACCCACCUCCGUCACACUUCUAGUAAUAGUUGGAUGUGGUUUGUUGGUCGUCAUUCUGCUCACCUUGUGGCCGAUUUGGGCUGCGAGAGAUUACCGUGUCUUCAGUUGGCUUCGUGAACGACUAACUUCAUCCGAAUAGCUAGGCUCAGCAUACUUGAUGACUUGUAGAUUACAUACGUACAUUUACUGUAUAAUUGAGC